AUGUCAGCUACUUUUGUACAACGCGGUCGUGUACCGCCAACACCAGCUCAAAUACAGAAGAUGCUUGAUGAGAAUAGUCAUCUGAUACAGACCAUCCAGGAGUAUCAGAAUAAAGGAAAACCUCAGGAAUGCUUACAAUAUCAACAGAUAUUACAUCGGAAUUUAGUUUAUCUCGCUUCUAUUGCUGACGCGAACCAAAAUGUCCAGGCACUGUUACCGCCGCCCCAGGGAAUUCCACCGAUGACAAAUGGCCCUCAACAUGGAAUGAUGGGUCCCCAAGGUCCUCCAAACGUCGCUCCGGGUACUCCAGGUCCUGGAGGUGAAAUGCCGCCGAAUCCACCUCAACCGAUGCCAAUGCAAGGCUUCAAUCAAGGACAGCCAAUGCCGCAGGGAGGCUACCGUGGUCCGAUGCCUGGACAAGGUCCCCCAAUGAACAGAGCAAACCCGGGACCUGGACCUCAACAAUACCGAGGUGGUCCCCAAGCUUAUCCUCAACAACCAGGUCAGCAAGGUUACCCUGCAGGUUACGGAGGACAGAAUCCUGGUGGAAAUUACCCUCAAGGUCCUCAAGGAGGUGCUUAUGGAGCCGGUCAGCCUAACCAGUACCCGCCUAAUGCGCCCCAGCAAGGGUACCCAGCGUCGUCGCAGCAGAAUUACGGUCCUCCAACUUCUGUUAACAGUUAUGGUGGCCAACCAGCUUAUCCUAACAAUGUUCCUCCACAGAAUUAUCCUCCUCCGCCUGCUACUUCCAAUAACGUUGCUCAACCUAGCCAAGGACCUCCACAGCAGAGCCAGGGUGGUCCACCUCAAAACUACGCGAGUCAGCCGAGUCCCGGUGGAGGACCUCCAGCUCCUUAUGGACCGUCUUCUACUUCUCCGCCGUUCAGUACCAGUAAUGUGAGUGGGGUUAAUACGUAUGCUCCGAGUAACCAGCCGACGAGUACACCUUCUGCUUCCACUCAAACUUAUCCACCGACUAGUGGACCUCCACCGGCUACUUCUCAAGCUGGUAGUUAUGUUCCUGGGCCUACUCCUUCUGGGUAUCCAGUUCAUCAACCUUCGCAUCAAGCCCAUGGUCCCCAUGGUCCUCAUCCUGGAUCUCAUCAAAUUCCGCAUCCACCUCCAUCUCAAGCACAACCUGGACCGCCUCCUCAGUCUCAGCCACCUGGACAGUCGCAGCAACCACCUCAACAACCUCCUCAGCAGCAACAGUCUCAGCAACAACCACCAGCUCAGUCACCCCAGCAGCAGCAACAACAACAAGGGCCUCCUCCUCAAGGCCCACCUCAGCAGCAGCAAUCUCAACAAGGAGCCCCACAAUCGCAGCAUCAACAAUCACCGAGUCCAGUUCCAAGUAAUUUCCCUCCAACUUCAGGUCCAAUUUCUCAAGGUCCACCGUCCGGACCCCCAGGUCCGCCGGGACCGCCCCAACAACCUCCUGGAGGAUACGGGCCUCCUCAAUCUCAUCCAGCGACGACGCAAACUUAUGUACCUCCGGGAUCUGGUCAACCACCUCAAGGCUAUCCUACUCACCCUCCGGGUCAAGGAGGUCAACCUCAUUACGGACACCCGCAGUAUCCUCCUCAAAACUACCCGCCUCAUCCGCCACCACCUUCUGGUCAAGGUUAUCCUCAGUACCCUCCUCGUGGUCCGCCUGGUGGUCACAUGCCACCGCCUCCUGGUCCUCAAGGUCCUCCGCCGCCGAAUCAGUAUGCUGGAUAUGGUUAUCAACAACCGCCACAAAUUUGUGCUAUUUAA